GAACUUUACCAUGGGAACCUUUUGGACUGAUAUAUUCACGUGAAUUUUUUAAUCCAUCGAAACAGAGGGUGCGGAUUCAAACUCGAUCGCCCCUCUGGUCUGCCAGGAGUUGGUCGCCGGAAUUGGAGAAAUGAGAAGGGAAACGGCGUCGUCGAGCAAGAAGAAGGAAGGAUUGGGGUGGAUAGAGUGGGGAAGAGGAUGGUUGUGUCUGAUACAGGAGAUGCUUUUCCAGAGAAUAAUGGCUAGCCACUUGCAGAACCCUCUGCCUUUGCCUCCUGUUAAUGAUCUCACCUGCAUCGUCACCGGAUCCACCAGCGGAAUCGGCCGGGAAAUUGCCAGGCAAUUGGCAGAAGCAGGGGCGCACGUUGUUAUGGCAGUUAGAAACUCGAAGGCCGCUCAUGAGUUGAUACAGAAAUGGCAGAAUGAAUGGUCUGGAAGGGGCCUUCCUCUUAAUAUCGAGGUGAUGGAACUUGACCUUCUCUCCUUGGAUUCUGUUGCGAGAUUUGCUGAAGCCUGGAAUGCACGUUUAGGACCCUUGCAUGUUCUCAUUAACAAUGCAGGGAUCUUUUCCAUUGGAGAACCACAAAAGUUUUCCAAGGAUGGAUAUGAAGAACACAUGCAAGUAAAUCAUUUGGCUCCAGCAUUGCUUUCAGUGCUUCUUUUUCCAUCCCUUAUCAGAGGCUCCCCCAGCAGAAUUAUUAAUGUGAAUUCUGUGAUGCACUAUGUUGGUUUUGUUGACACAGAAGACAUGAAUGUUGUGUCUGGGAAAAAAAAGUAUACAAGCAUGUUGGGAUAUUCAAGCAGCAAGUUAGCACAGGUUAUGUUUAGCAGUGUCCUCCAUAGACGACUUCCUGCUGAAGCUGGCAUUAGUGUUUUAUGUGUAUCACCUGGAAUAGUCCAGACAAAUGUUGCGAGGGAUCUUCCUAAAAUUGUUCAAGCUGGGUAUCACCUCAUACCUUAUUUCAUCUUUAGUCCCCAGGAAGGUUCUAGGAGUUCUCUCUUUGCAGCCACCGACCCUCAGAUUCCCGAAUACUGCGAGAUGUUGAAAGCAGACAAUUGGCCUGUUUGUGCAUAUAUUUCGCAAGAUUGUCGUCCAACAAAUCCUUCAGAAGAAUCGCACAACAUUGAGACUUCACACAGAGUGUGGGAAAAGACCCUAGAGAUGAUUGGUCUUCCUUCGGAUGCUUUGGAAAGGCUUAUAGAAGGAGAGGAGGUUACAUGCCGAUAUGGUGCUAACUGUGAGUAGUUUUCUGCUGUUAUAUCACUGAGGAACCUGAGUGGUCUCUGGCUCGACAUCUAUUCUCAUUCUACAUCUCAAAUGAUGACCAACGAGUGAAUGCCACCUUUCGUAGUGUACACGGAAUGAUGAAAGGAAGAACUCUCCUUCACAUGAUUCUGUGGAAAUUUUAUGAACAGAGCAUUCUCAUGUAUGCAAUUCCUAUUACCACGAUUAUUUCUCUUGGGGGAUGGACUUGAUGAUUGCUUGUAGUUAUGGAGCUGAUUGCUUCAUGAAUUUAGCCACUGUUGAUGAGCAGUGGGCUCUUACAUUCCAUGUUGUUGUAGCCUAAUUUUUUUAUUUUUUUUAUUUUUUUUUCAACUUGAAACUACAAUCCCUGAUGUCAAAUUAUCCUCUUUAGCUCCCAUAUAACCGAUUUUGUAUAAAUUUCAUUUGCUCCAUUCUGUUUAUUUACAUUUGCUCGGCACAUUUUAGAAUCUA